AUGAAAGAAUCUGCUUGUGAAUACAACGAACACAAUUCAUAUAUCAAUUAUGAUAAUGAGUUAAUUAUAUCAAAUUCAGAAAAAUUCGAUGAUUUAUGUCGAAAAUUAACAUUAACUGAUGUUGAUCAAGCAUUAUUUACAUUAAAAAUUAAUUCGAAUUCAUCUCAAAAACGAAAAAUUUCUUCCGAUAAUAGCACAUCAACGAUAUUACUUGAACAAGAAUAUGAUUGUUGUCGUUUACUUCGAUCGAAUACUUCAUCACGUUCAUUUUUACCAUUAGCUCGUCGUGGUCGUUCAUUAUUUUCAGCUCGACCUCAUCAUUUACUUUGUACGAAUUGUACAAAAAUAAAACAUCAACAACAACUUGAUAUUUUACAAAAUCAACAACAAAAAAUUUCUUCAAAUCAUACAUUUCAAAUAACAAUUAAUUUAGAUUUAUCAUCUCAAGAACAAAUUGCUUUAAAUAAUCAACAAUAUCAAUCAAGUCAAACACUUGUUUGGAAUAUAAAUACAUCCGAUAGAAAUACUAUUGAUCUUACUUAUGAUACUGGUUCAUUAAAUGAUCAUGAAAAGAAAAUUUUACUUGAUGAAACAAUUCAAAAACUUCAAAUGAUUCUCAAUAAUCAAUCAACGACAACAUUAACAGAAAAUAAUCAUGAUAAUCCAGAAUUUACAAAUCGUAUAUUAAAAACAACCAUCAAUAUUCUUUCUUCAUCACAAAAUUCAAUUUAA